UCUCUCUUUCUCUGUCUAUAUCUAAUAUCUAUUCUCUUGUCUUUUCUCCAAAAAACAUGGAACAAGUUUCUGUCUCAAUGGACAAUGAAAUUGAACUAACCACUUCAAUUUCUUCUUCCAUUGAAAAUAACAAAACCAAACCAAAAAGUGAUAAUAAUGGGAAACACCCUUUGUAUCGUGGAGUAAGAAUGCGUCAUUGGGGUAAAUGGGUUUCUGAAAUUAGAGAGCCCAAGAAAAAAUCAAGAAUUUGGCUAGGUAGUUUUCCGACACCCGAAAUGGCAGCUAUAGCCCAUGAUGUUGCGGCCCAAGCCAUCAAAGGAAGCUCGGCUUACCUUAAUUUCCCCGAAUUAGCCGAACACCUCCCACGCCCCGCCACCAAUUCUCCGAAGGACAUUCAAGCCGCCGCCAAAGCAGCUUCAAUGGACUUUCGUCAUGAAGCCCAGGCCCAAGCCCAUGACUUACAAGAAUCGUCAAAUUCAUCUUUAACUGACGAGGAUGACAUGUUCUAUGACUUGCCGGAUCUCUUACUCGAUACAAAUAACAAUUCAACAACUGAAUUAUAUUAUUCUUCAAUGCCGUGGCUCGCGGCUGGAGCUGAAUAUUCAAACUCAGGUUUUGGGCUGGAUGAGCCUUUACCGUGGGAGCCUUAAUUAUUAAUUUGUUCAAAGGUCAAAGGUUAAAUUAUUUAUUUCCUUUCGUUUAGUAUCUUCACAAUUUGGUAUCUAAAUUAUUUACUUCCUUUAAUAAGAGACCUAUCAUCAAUCAAUAUGUAUAUUAUAUUGUUACCAUUUAUUAAAAAUAAAAGAUCUUCAAAAUGGGUGAAAUUCUCAAAGGAUUAUACCUUCGAAGAAGGCUACUAUGAAACAAAUAAUCAAAAUCAUGGUUAAGUAUUUGGUGCAUUUUUUUGGAGUUUGGCAAUAUUGAACCUCCAUUUUUUAUGUAAAAUUAAGUUUAUA